AUGAAGUUCCUUUUACCUGCGCUUGCCUUAGUGGCAACCUCUGUCGUAGGGGCCAAGGACAGUAGUGAAAACAUCGACGGCCCCGUAGUUGGUAUCGAUCUGGGUACUACUUACUCCUGUGUAGGAGUCUACAAGAACGGCCGUGUCGAGAUCAUCCCCAACGAUCAGGGUAACCGUAUUACCCCCUCAUACGUCUCCUUUUCGGAGGAUGAGCGCUUCGUUGGCGAAGCUGCUAAGAACGAAGCUGCUGUGAACCCUCACAACACCGUGUUUGAUGUCAAGAGGCUCAUCGGUCGUCGUUUCAACGACAAGACCGUUCAGAAGGAUAAGAAGUUGCUACCGUAUAAGAUCACCAACAAGAACGACAAGCCUAUUAUUGAGGUCGAGAACAAGGGUGAGGAGAAGUACUUCAACCCUGAGGAGAUCUCUGCUAUGGUAUUGGGUAAGAUGAAGGAGACUGCCGAGAACUACUUGGGCAGCGAGGUUAAGAACGCUGUUAUCACCGUACCAGCUUACUUCAAUGAUGCUCAAAGACAAGCUACUAAAGAUGCCGGUACCAUCGCUGGUUUGAACGUCCUCCGUAUCAUCAACGAGCCCACGGCUGCAGCUAUCGCUUACGGGCUUGAUAAGAAGAACGAGGAGAACAUUCUCGUGUAUGAUCUUGGUGGUGGUACUUUCGAUGUGUCAUUGCUGACUAUUGAUAAUGGCGUCUUCGAGGUGGUUGCGACUGCUGGUGAUACUCAUCUUGGUGGUGAGGAUUUCGAUCAGCGUGUUAUGGAUCAUUUUAUCAAGCUUUUCCAAAAGAAGAAUCACAAGGAUCUUCGCACUGACAAGCGUGCCUUGGCGAAGCUUCGUCGUGAGGUCGAGAAGGGCAAGCGCGCUCUCUCCUCGACCCACCAGGUCCGCAUUGAGAUCGAGAAUAUCAUGGAUGGUAUCGAUUUCUCUGAGACUCUAUCUCGAGCUCGUUUCGAGGAGCUCAAUGCUGAUUUGUUCAAGAAUACUUUGGGUCCUGUAAAGACCGUCCUUUCCGAUGCCGGUAUGAGCAAGGGCGAUAUCGAUGAGGUUGUUCUUGUCGGUGGUUCUACUCGCAUCCCCAAGAUCCAAUCCUUGAUCAAGGACUACUUCAAUGGCAAGGAGCCCAACCGCGGCAUCAACCCCGAUGAGGCUGUUGCCUAUGGUGCCUCCGUCCAGGGUGGUAUCUUGAAGGGCGAGGCUGGUCAAGAUCUUCUAUUGCUGGAUGUGACUCCUCUUACUCUUGGUAUCGAGACUGUUGGUGGUGUCAUGACCAAGAUCAUCGGUCGUAACACUGUUAUUCCGACCAAGAAGUCCCAGACCUUCUCCACCUACCAGGACAAUCAGCCCGCUGUGAGCAUCCAAGUCUUCGAGGGUGAGCGUCCUCUUACCAAGGAUAACCAUCAGCUUGGCAAGUUCGAGCUCUCGGGAAUCCCUCCGGCUCCCCGAGGACAGCCUCAGAUCGAAGUCACUUUCGAGAUAGACGCUAAUGGUAUUCUCAACGUUAAGGCUGAGGAUAAGGGGACGGGCAAAUCCGAGAAGAUCACCAUCACCAACGACAAGGGCCGUCUUAGUGAGGAUGAGAUCGAGUCUAUGAUCAAGGAUGCUGAGAAGUACGCUGAAGAGGAUAAGAAGGUCAAGGAGCGUCUCGACGCUAGGAAUGCUUUUGAUGGCUACUUACGUGCUAUGCGGUCUGCGGUCGAAGGCAGUGGCUCCUUCAAUGGUCUCGGUGAUAAGAUGGACGAGGAUGAGAAGAACGAGGUUCUCGAUGCUGUUAGUGAUGGUGAGGAGUGGCUCCAGGCUAACGGUGAGACUGCGGAGCCUGAUGAGAUCAAGGACCAGCAGAAGGAAGUCGAGAGUGUCUGUGCACCUAUCGUUUCCAAGUACUACAACGCUGGUGCCGCUGAUGAAGAGGAUGACGAUGACGAUGACUAUGACUACGACUCUCCUGAUGAGCUGUAA